UUGUCACGUGACCGACCACUUGACACAACAGACGAAGAAACCGGAAAUGUAGCGAUUAUUCAUCCAAAAAUCCAUCAUGUGGAGUUUAAAUAGCACAAUAUAUGUUUUAUUGAGGACAUGGCUUGUUUGUGUUUCGCUUUUCUUCAGCCUCGGACUGGCUGGGAAAAUGAAGAUUGUGGAGGAGCCAAACACGUUCGGGCUGAACAACCCGUUCAUGGCGCAGGGAAAUAGGCUGCAGCCCAAAGUCUCUCCAGCGCCUGUGUCUGGCCCGGCGCAUCUACAUCAUCUUGCAGGAAAGUGCUUCAGUCUCAUAGAAUCGAUGUAUAAAUACGAGUUCUGUCCCUUCCACAACGUGACUCAGCACGAGCAGUCAUUCAGGUGGAACGCCUACAGCGGCAUAUUGGGGAUCUGGCAGGAAUGGGAAAUGACCAACAAUACUUUUACAGGCAUGUGGAUGAGAGACGGCGACACAUGUGGAACCAGAAACAGAGAAACAAAGGUGGUUCUAGUUUGCAGCAACAGCAGCAAACUGGUCCAGGUGUCGGAGCCCAGCACCUGCGUUUACUCGCUGACCUUUGAGACGCCGCUCGUCUGCCAUCCACACUCACUGCUGGUGUACCCCACCCUGAAUGAGAAGCUGCAGAAGGAAUGGGACGAGGUGGAGCAGGCUCGCUACGACGGCCUCAUUACUGAGCAGGGCUACAACAACCUUCUGAAAGACGUUUUUGAGGAUGCUGGACUCCUGAAGAGCAACAAAGUGAUGGAGACUGUUGCAGAGGCUGAAACACGUUCAGAAAAACACAACUCCUUACAGAAAUGCGAAGAAGAUUAUCAAAAGCAGAAUGAAGAGAUAGCGAGGCUGCGGGCUCUCCUCACCCUGAAUAAUAUUCCCUUUGAGUCACAGCAAAAUGAGGAGAAAGGUGCAGCGACAGCGCUGGCUACAGAUCAACACCUGAGAGGAGACACGGGCCUUUUUCACCAGCUGUGAAUCUCCAAUACAAACAGGAUGUUCAGGGUUUUUCUGUUUGUUUUUAAGAUUUUCAGUCUCUGAGGUCCACAGGAAAACAGUUCCUCAUGUUUGGAUGUUUUAUAUGUAGUUUGGACUUUAACCUGUGUAUUUAUGUUAUGUGCAACGUAGUUGGAAUUAAAAAAAGACACA